GUGAAUGUUUAAUCAAAGAAUAAGAUCUUCUGACACUGACACCGAUAGAUCAAAGCCAUUAAAGUGAGAUGAAGCCACACAACGCCCAGCCACUGACCCCCAGGCCUUUGCUGGCCCAAAGGGGACUAGGCCUGGGCGGGGCACGCCGGAAGUUACGUAAAGCGUGAUGACGUAGUUUGUUGUUGUUGGUGCCCUGCUCCGUCCGUGACAUGGCGGCUCGCUGGAGCAGUGAGAAUGUGGUGGUGGAGGUCAGGGACUCGCAGGCAACUGCGAUGUCUGUGAACUGUCAUGGCCAGCUUGCGGUACUUUCCGGGCGCCGCUUCUUAUAUGUUAUAAAUUUAGAUGCUCCCUCCGAAGUACCAAGAAAGGUUGCUAGACAAAGCAAAUGGGACAUUGGCGUGGUGCAGUGGAACCCCCAUGAGACCUCUUCACACUACUUUGCAGCUUCAUGUAACCAGCGAGUGGACCUGUACAAAUGGCAUGAUGGAAAUGGGGAGAUCCACACUUCACUACAGGGUCAUACUCGUGUUAUAAGUGAUUUGGAGUGGUCGUGCUUUGAACCGGAGCUGCUUGUGACGAGCUCUGUUGACACAUACAUCUAUAUUUGGGAUAUCAAGGACACACGGAAGCCAUCAGUAUCUCUAUCUGCUGUAGCUGGAGCCUCUCAGGUAAAAUGGAACAAAAAGAACCCAUGCUGUUUAGCAACAAGCCAUGAUGGAGAUGUGAGAAUCUGGGACAAACGGAAACCUAAUACAGCAGUGGAAUAUAUUGCUGCUCACUUGUCAAAAAUCCAUGGACUGGAUUGGCACCCAGAGAAUGAACACAUCUUUGCUACAUCAAGCCAGGACAACUCUGUCAGAUUCUGGGAUUACAGACAACCAAGGAAAUACCUGAACAUCCUGUCAUGUCAAGUCCCAGUAUGGAAGGCCCGUUACACUCCGUUUAGCAAUGGCUUAGUGACGGUAAUGGUCCCACAGUUACGUCGUGGUGAGAAUAGUCUCCUUCUAUGGAAUGUUUUAGACUUAAAUGUCCCAGUUCAUACCUUUGUUGGACAUGAUGAUGUGGUGCUGGAAUUUCAUUGGCGAAAACAGAGGGAAGAAUUGAAGGACUAUCAGUUGGUUACCUGGUCACGUGACCAGACUUUACGAAUGUGGCGGAUAGACAUGCAACUGCAGCGGCUCUGUGCAAAUGAUAUGCUGGAUGGCGAUGAGUUAACUGAUGGUGUUUCCCUGCUCCCAGAGACAGAUAAAGUUCUUCAUUCACAGGACACUGAUCCUCACCCAACACUAAGUCAUGUAAAUGAAGAGGAUGAAGUACUGCGAGAGGAUUUUCACAACCAUGUCGCAAUCAGCUCCAAACCUGAUUACCUUGGACUACCACAGACAUUGCAACAAGAAUUCUCACUAGUUAAUCUACAAAUCCGUAAUGUAAUGGUUGAUGAGAUGGAUGCUGUAAAUCGCAACUGCACAGUCUCGGUACAUUGUGGAAAUCUCCGGGUGAAAAUGGUUGUGAUGUUUCCAGUACAAUAUCCAAACAAUGCUGCUCCUUCUUUCCAAUUCAUUAACCCCACUACCAUCAGUUCAAGCAUGAGGACAAAACUUCUGAAGAUUCUGAAGGAUACAUCUCUCCAGAAAGUGAAACGAAACCAGAGUUGCUUGGAACCUUGUUUGCGCCAGUUGGUGUCUAGUCUGGACGCGAUUGUGAAUCAGGACAACAGUGGCUCUGCUAAUUCCCAGAAUCCAUUUGUCCUUGGAAAUUCUGUCACGCCUCCACUGCCGACUUUUCCACGAGUCACUAACACAUACGGUUCCUACCAGGAUGCCAACAUUCCUUUUCCUCGAACCUCUGGGGCACGUUUCUGUGGAGCUGGUUACCUUGUAUACUUCAUGAGACCAAUGACUCUUCACAGGACAGUGUCCCCAACUGAGCCCACACCCAGAUCAUUGUCGGCUCUCUCUGCCUAUCACAGUGGCGGAAUCACCCCGAUGAAGAUCCGUACAGAAUCACAGACUAACUUGAGGCUUUACAGUGGGAGCCCAACUCGCAGUGAAAAGGAGCCAGUCUCCAUUAGCUCCUUCUAUUACAAGGAGCGAAUGUCUCCUCUCUCCGCCCGGCGACGCUGGUCCAUUCAAGCCGUUAAUGAGUUCCCGAAAUCACGCCGAUGGAAGGGAAAACGAGAAGCAACUGACUCAAACAAUCGACCAAUCAAAGCUGCAGGCAAAGUCAUUAUCCAGGACAUCUCCUGUCUCCUUCCUGUGCAUAAAUCGCUUGGUGAAUUGUAUAUACUAAAUGUGAAUGACAUCCAGGAUACGUGUCAGAAGAAUGCUGCUGCAGCUUUAUCAGUUGGACGAAGAGACCUUGUACAAGUGUGGUCUCUGGCUGCUGUUGCUACAGACUCCUUCCUCAGUCCCCAUUCAGACCCUGAUGUCGAGACACCGUGGGCACGACAUCCGUUUGGCCGACAGCUAUUGGAGUCACUCCUGACUCAUUACAGCACAAUACAUGAUGUUCAGACUCUUGCCAUGCUAUGCAGCGUGUUUGAGGCCCAGUCCAGGCCUCAGGACUAUGGCAGCAUAGGACAGCAGGUCCACCAACGCACUUCUCCUUUUUUGCAUUCUUCAGGUUAUGCCUCUUCAGGAUCCUACUCGAGCACAUCUGAAACCACUGUCUGGUCUGCUGGAUGGAACAUAGUGGGCCGGGAACCAGAACAUCUUAAUUCUUGGUGUUACGAAUCACCAGAUGAUUAUCGGUAUGGAAAUCACAUUUACACUGAUCCUAAAGAACGUGAGAAGGAGCAGCAUGAAAGGAAUAAAAAGCUACUUGAUCCAGCCAAUAUGCUGCAAUACGAUGACUUUAAGAAGUGUUACGGGGAGAUCCUGUAUCGCUGGGGUCUGCGAGAGAAGAGAGCAGAAGUGUUGAAGUUUGUUUCCUGCCCUCCAGACCCUCACAAGGGGAUUGAAUUUGGUGUGUACUGCUGUCACUGCCGCAGUGAAGUCCGAGGGACGCAGUGUGCUAUUUGCAAAGGAUUCACCUUCCAGUGUGCUAUCUGCCAUGUUGCUGUUCGCGGAUCUGCCAACUUUUGUCUUACCUGUGGGCAUGGUGGCCACACUAGUCACAUGAUGGAAUGGUUCAGGACCCAGGAAGUGUGUCCCACAGGCUGUGGCUGCCAUUGCCUACUAGAGAGCACAUUUUAAAAGAAAUCUGCUACUGCUGCUCGUAAUAAGAGGCCUUGAAUAGUGUUCCAAGAUAUUCUGUCUGUCUAUUCUUAACUGAAAUUGUGACUGUCUAUUGAUCAGAGAUGUGAAAAAUUUAAUCAAUGAAUGAACCUUAAGACUGGAAUUUUAUUCUUUGAGGCACCAGGAUAAAAGUUCAGACUUCUACAAUAUCUGAAUUCUGCUUCAAGGAAUGGAGGGAGCAUGAUUUGCACAUUCUCCAGUACAGCAACAAUGAAUUUUCAAGUUGAAAAGCAAGACUUAUUUACUAGUGCAUAUUUUAAAAUGGACUGAAAUGGGAAUUUGUUUACUUGUGAACAGUUAUCAUCGUCCAGCUGAUGAUGGUCAUCGCUGUCCAGCUGUUGAUGGUGAUCCUACAUACUUGUCAUGUACGAGUGAAUAUACUUCAGACUUGAAGUGACCACAAUCCACAAAGCCGUGAUUGCAGUAUCCUGGAAAUUAAUCUUUAAUUCCUUGUGAAUCUCGGAUGAUUUUGGAUGUUUAACAACCCCACAAGCCACACAUUUUGAUCAUGUAUCAUCUUGGUGUUUUUAUUUUGACUUGCAUGUUCCCGAGGUGCUCCUUCACAUUUGCGCUGUGUUGCAUUCAGUAUAAUAGAAUGCAUGUACAACCAUUCAUUAAGAAUUUACUUAAUGAGUGGAUCAUUAACUUUUAAAUGUUAACACUGCUCCGUUUCGGCUGAAGAUCCUGUAUUUUGAAGCUGCUGAGUCCGAGAGCUUCAACUCUGAUUUGUAAUUAAGUUGUAAAUUGUGUACAAAGAGGAUGUUGUACAUACUGUUCAAAGUAAAUGUUUGUCUGUGUAAAAA